CGUUUUAACCAAACAGAAAAAGAAUCAAAAGCUGUGUGGGUUUUUGAUUGUUUGAUUUUUCUGUUUUCCAAUUACAAAAGAAGUUGUGUGUGUUUUGGGUCUCUUUCAAAAGUCACCAUUCCUCUUGUCUUCUUCUUUGAUUCCAACGACUCAAUUAUGGAAUCUUCUUCCUUAUUUUUAUUCAAACCCUAAUUUCAAUUAUAUAACCUCAUCCCACAAUUAUGCUUUAUUUCUAUUUAUAGAAGAAAAAACCUCAAGAUUUUAAAUUAGAAAUUUGAAAGAAAAAAAGAACUCAAUUUAAAAAAAAGAAAAAACUGAAACUUUUAUGCUUUGAUUGAUUAUUGAUAAUUAAUUUUAAGACAUGGAGUUUCAAAUUUCAGAUGAAUUGCUGGGUACUUUUCUUCCAAUUGUAAUUUAUUGGGUUUAUUCGGGGUUAUAUAUUGGUUUAGGAUAUUUUGAUAAUUAUAGGCUACAUACUAAGCAAGACGAAGACGAGAAAAAUCUGGUAUCUAAAUCUACUGUUGUUAAAGGGGUUCUUCUUCAACAAGCAAUUCAAGCUGUUGUUGCGAUCAUCUUGUUUACGGUAACUGGAGAUGAUUCUGAGACUGCUAUGGAUCAAAAGCCUUCCCUAAUGAUUCUAGCUAGACAGUUCGUUACAGCAAUGUUGGUUUUGGAUACUUGGCAGUAUUUUAUGCAUAGAUACAUGCACCACAACAAGUUUCUAUACAAGCAUAUCCAUUCUCAACAUCAUCGACUUGUUGUACCCUACGCAUUUGGAGCAUUGUAUAAUCAUCCAGUCGAGGGGCUUCUUCUCGACACAAUUGGUGGGGCUUUAUCUUUUCUUCUCUCAGGCAUGUCUCCUAGAGCCUCCGUUUUCUUCUUCUCCUUUGCCACGAUCAAAACAGUGGAUGACCAUUGUGGGCUGUGGCUUCCAGGGAACCUUUUCCACGUCUUCUUUAAAAACAAUACUGCUUACCAUGAUGUCCAUCAUCAACUGUAUGGUAGCAAAUACAACUUUUCGCAGCCAUUCUUCGUUAUGUGGGAUAAAAUUCUUGGAACUUAUAUGCCUUAUUCACUAGAGAAAAGAGAUGGUGGUGGCUUUGAAGCACGGCCUGCUAAAGAGUACAAGGAUGAUUAGAUAAUGCCUGAUGAAGGCACUGAUUGUUGCAACGAUGUAGCACAACUAUCAGUUUUCCCAUUUUAAUUAACUACAUCGCUUUUGUCAUUUGUAUGUAAAUAUAUUGCUGUGCGUUACUUGUUUGGUCUAUACAGUUAACAUCAAGAGGAUGUACCAAUAUAGAUUUUGGCACAAUGGAUUAUGUAUCUAUAUUUUGGGGCUCUAUAUUAAUUGUGGCCUUUUGUUGGAUA